AUGGUUGAGAAUAAUGAAAUGCACACGAAAGUAUAUGCUGGAUUGGGUAUUCAGACUCCAAGAUUGUCUACUACUGAUAAUGGUGAUACAGGCAAGGGAAAUGACAAAUUACGAUCCUUACAUGCUAUAAUUACAGAAAAUAACAGUGAUUACGAGAUUGAUGAUGCCAAUAACGUAAAGGAGGGGAGUAACAGUGCCUUGUCCACGCCUGUGAAUCUUUCGAUCCCAAAGUUUGACAAAUACUCGGAGCUUCCUACACCUAUGGGGUAUACACCAAACCAUAAAGCAACUAAUACAUUGUCACCACAAAUUGAGAAGUACAAGAUGUCGUCACCUGUGCUGACUCCAUUAUAUAUGUCUAAAAUUCGUCGUGAUCCAGCACUAGUCCGGAAAAUAGAUGACAAUGUCUCUGAUACCUAUCAUCACGCUCCACAGCAUCGAAUAAUAUCUGAGUUGCCUCCACUUCCGCUUGCCGAGAAGCAGAGGAUAGCAUCGUUGCCUACAAUGAAUGAAGAACCUAUGAAAUUUGGAGCAUCUAUUGAUACAAUUACAGAAGAAGAGCCAUCAUCGGAAGAAAAACAAAUAGAUGGGUAUCUGGUUGAUGAUCUCGAAAAAAAACUGAAGUUUGAAAUGGUCAAAGUAAUAGGUGAAGGCAACUUCAGUACAGUUUAUCUAUUUGAAAGAAUCGGUGUUACUAAUGCAGACGAAGAUAAUAGGCUGCAGCAAGUUGCAGUAAAGAGUAUUAAGUAUCCAGAAGAGUUAAAUAAUCCAGAACUAAAGGGUACUUCUGUAUACACAGAUAUUAUGUCAAGGUUUGAAACUUCCUUAACACGUGAAUUGAGUGUAUUGAAAUCAAUCGAUCACCCUUGUAUUAUCAAGUUGUAUGCCAUUAACAACAAAAUAUUUCUAGCAUCGAAGAAACCUGUUCAAGAUAUACUUUCUAAAAAUGAUAAGUUGCCACCUCUUGACUUAAUUUGUUCAUAUUGUUCAGGUGGAGAUAUCCUGGGUACUGCAAUAGCUAUGGCUGGAAAAUUGGAACUCUGGUUCAUCCAAAGAAUAUUUUCUGAAUUAACUUUAGCUGUCAAGUAUUUGCAUGAGAAUAACAUUAUACACAGAGAUUUGAAAUUGGAAAAUAUUUUAUUAAAAUACCCAAUGGAAAAAAUAUUGGAAAUGAAAGAGUCCAAUUUGCUUAACAAUGAAAGUAUUAUCGAACUUGGAGACUUUGGUUUAUGUAAACAGUUAUAUCCAGGUGAAAUGUGCACUACCAGAUGUGGGUCAGAAGAUUAUGUUUCGCCUGAAAUAUUGAUGGGCAUUGAAUAUGAUGGUAAAUUAAGCGAUACAUGGGCAAUGGGAGUUAUACUCUAUGGGUUACUGGAAAACAGAUUACCAUUUGAUCCCUUACCGAAUGCUAAUUUCAGACAGAGAAGCAGAUCAACUGCCCAUAGGAUUGCCAUGUUCGAAUGGAAAUGGUCAAAAAUGCUUGACAUUGAAUCGAGUGCAAAAGAAAUAGUAAAAAACACACUCAUAAGAAAGAACUCAAGAUGGAGGAUUGAACAAAUAUACAAUUCUGAAUACAUCCAGGAGCAAGUUACAAAACUAACAUAUAUCUAG